ACGGUGGCAGACAUGGAGGUAGGCACGGAGACAGACACACAAACGGGCAUGGAGACAGACACAGAAACGGGCAUGGAGACAGACACAGAAACGGGCAUGGAGACAGACACUGAAACGGGCAUGGAGACAGACACAGAAACCGGCAUGGAGACAGGUGCGGAGGCAGGCACAGAGACAGGUGCAGAGGCAGGGAUGGAAGUACAUGAGGUACCUAUAGGGUCAGUAAUCUGGAAGGAGACAGACAUAGAAACAGGUACAAAGACAGGUACGGAGGCAGGCACAGAGAUAGGCGUAGAGGCGGGGGCAGAACAUGAUGACGGAGUCUGUGUGGACGAAGUGGUUUGUGGAUUAGGAAGAGGGGUAAUAGAUGGAGACAAAACCAGGGGAGGUAGGAGUGGUGAUGAUAGGGGUGGUAGAGUAGUUGGAAGGUGGGUAAUAGACGGUGAAAAAAACAUGGGAAAUAAAGAUGGUGAAGACGGGGGGGAUGAAGUCAGGGGUGGUGAAGUGGCUGAAGCAGAGACUGGGGGGGCAGUCGUAGGUGAGACCCGAAGAGGGGACUCUGCAGGUGGUAAUGCAGGCAUGGCCACGGAUGCCAUGGAGGAACGCACCGAGACUAAGGGCGGCACAACAGAUGCGGUGGUCACGGAUGCCAUAGAGGAACACACCGAGACCAAGGGCGACACAACGGCUGCGGUGGCCACGGAUGCCAUGGAGGAACACACUGAGACCAAGGGCGACACAACAGCUGCAGGUCGAGUUGCUCCCGCGGAAUCAAUCAUAGAAGCAACCAAGGCCGAUGAGGAAGAGGCWGCGAACCGGAAAGGGGCAGCCAGGGUCACAAACGGCAUGGAAGAGGUUACUAAGACUGAUGAGGACGCAGGUGCGGCAGACGCAGGUAAUGAAGAAGAGGCUGUGAUAGGUGUGACAGGCGCCGAUAAUGAAGAAGGGGUUGUGACAGGCGUAGUCCGAGGACAGUGUGUAGAUACUCAAAAAAGCGGGUGAUGAAUAGACCAUCGAAGCAUGCUGAUAUGUUGUAUGUAGAUUGAGGGGAAACGCCAUAAGGCAGGUCUAAAUAUGAUAAUUAUGAGCUAGGCAUUUCAUCAACAUAAUAUUGAUCAUUGUCUGAUUGGGCAUGGCUGCAUGGGUUGAGGUGUAGCAAGGAUGUUUGUCUUGCGGCUGGUUGAAGCCAGGGAAGAGAUAGGUGUCAUUGAUUUGAUCAUAAGCCGACCUUGAUAAGAAUGAUUAGGACGUAAUAUAUGCAGAGUGAUGAGAUAAGAGGGAGGUUAGAAGUAAAAGAGUAGAUAAUAU